CGUUUCCCUCUCCCACUCAUUUCUCUCCUCCGUCUCCCCACUCCGGUUACCUUCUCCGUCAAUGGCCACCGAGGUCCUCCGCCCGCACAACAUCCUGCCGUCGCAGCCCCAGAGGAUCCGGACCGCGCACCGGAAGCCCAGCGCCAGGAAGUCUCCUCCUCCUCCGGCGGCGGCGGCUUCUUCAACAGCCGGCCGCAGAAACCAUGGAAGGCGCCCCGCGGUGGAACUGUACGCCGGUCCGGCCUUCUCCGGGGCGUCCCCCGAGCCAAGCUCCCUGCCGCUCCCGCAGUUCCCGCUCCAGAAGGCCGUGGCGCCCGCCGUCAACGACGCGGCCACGCGCGACCUCAGGCGCUUGCUGCGCCUCGAGUAGGAGCUAGCCAGUGUACAUGCCAGCAUGUGGGAACGAGCUGCCUGUUAGUUUAGUUCUAGCUGCCCUCGUUGGUGAGUGGUGCGGCCGCGCGCGGCAAGGCCUCCGGCCCGGUUUUAUUGUGUGGCCGGCGGUAGGGCGCGCGCAGGCCGUCGGCUCCGGCGACGGCGGUUUGUAGUGAGCGCAGCAGCAGCAGCAUGUGACCAUCGAUCGGCAAGAUUGUAAUUCCACCUAGUUAAUCCCCUUUGUCUCUAGUUAGCACGCAAAUGGCU